UCCUCAUUCAUGCUGAGCGCUUCUCUCCUGCGCGGACACAAACUGCGGAGCUCUGACGCAACGGCGAUGCUUUCUGCUCAACUCUGACAUCCUAAAACAAACAAACACCAAACAAACAAAAACAAACAAACGGGACGAGGAGGAAGAGACAGGACGGCUCCAUAAGGCUGAUGGCAAAUGAAGUUGAAGAACAGGGGUUGAUACUCUAAGUCACACUGGAAGAAAAAGGAAACGCAAGAGGAGUUAAUUGCUCAGACACUUUUUUGCAGUCUUUUUCACUGUCAUAGUCCACUGAUUUAUGAGGCUUUGACUGGUCAACGAGAGGAUUACACAGUGGAAAACACACACACCGAAGCCCUCGAGCCCUAGAUCUCACUUCCCCUCACCGCUAUGUGUUCCCACUUCCACCCACCCCUUCUUUUCCUCUCUAUCCUGUUCUUCUCUGUGUCCUCCACCUCUAUGUCUUCCUCGUCCCUCCUCUCCUUCCACCCACCAGAAGGAGGCCUCACACAUUUGGUGGUCCAUAACAAAACUGGUGAGGUCUACCUUGGAGCAGUUAACUGGAUCUACAAGCUUUCCAGCAACCUCACCAAGUUAAGAAGCCAUGUAACCGGCCCUGUCACAGAUAACCCACGCUGUUAUCCUCCACCUGGUGUACAGUCUUGCCCACAUGAGCUGGUGCAGACAUCCAAUGUCAACAAACUCCUACUUCUUGAUGCUGCCCACAACCGAUUAAUUGCCUGUGGGAGCACUUCCCAGGGAAUAUGUCAGUUCCUGCGUCUGGAUGAUUUGUUCAAACUUGGCGAGCCUCAUCAUCGUAAAGAGCAUUACCUAUCCAGUGUGGCUGAAGCAGGCACUAUGUCAGGUGUUGUCAUUUCUCCUGAUCUGUUUGGAGGCGGAGGGAAGCUUUUCGUUGGCACACCCAUUGAUGGGAAAUCAGAGUAUUUUCCGACACUGUCUAGCCGCAAGUUAAUGUCCAAUGAGGAGAACGCUGACAUGUUCAGCUUUGUCUACCAGGAUGAAUUUGUUUCUUCACAACUUAAGAUCCCCUCAGACACCUUGUCUAAGUUCCCAGCUUUUGACAUCUACUAUAUCUACGGCUUCAACAAUGAGCAGUUUGUGUAUUAUUUGACAUUACAGCUGGAUACACAACUCACCUCACCAGAUGCAAGCAGUGAACAAUUCUUCACUUCUAAAAUUGUUCGCUUAUGUGUUGAUGAUCCCAAGUUCUACUCAUAUGUUGAGUUCCCCAUUGGCUGCACCAAGGAUGGAGUGGAGUAUCGCUUGGUUCAGGAUGCAUACUUGGCCCGGCCAGGGGCCCGUUUGGCACGGUCACUUGGUAUUCAAGACCGUGAGGAGGUUCUGUUUACUGUAUUUGCUCAGGGUCAGAAGAACAGAUCCAAGCCACCCAAGGAGUCAGCUCUGUGUCUGUUCACAAUGAGAAAGAUAAAGGAGAAGAUUAAAGAGAGGAUUCAGUCAUGCUACAGAGGAGAGGGGAAACUCUCUCUCCCCUGGCUUCUCAACAAGGAGCUCGCCUGCAUCAACUCACCAUUGCAGAUAGACGAUAAUUUCUGCGGACAAGACUUCAACCAGCCUCUAGGGGGCACAACAGCCAUUGAGGGUAUCCCGCUGUACGUGGACAAGGAUGAUGGCAUGACCGCCGUGGUGGCCUAUGACUACCGUGGACACACAGUAGCAUUCACCAGCACUCGCAGUGGACGCAUUAAGAAGAUCUUGGUGAACUCUGUCACCCAGCCUGCCUUGCUGUAUGAGAAUGUGUUGGUGAGUGAAGGGAACCCAAUUCUAAGAGAUCUGCUCUUCAGUCCAGAUCACCAAUGCUUGUAUGCCCUCACUGACAAACAGGUCACACGUGUGCCAGUGGAGAGUUGUGAACAGUAUACAUCUUGUGGAGCCUGUCUGGGAUCAGGAGACCCUCAUUGUGGCUGGUGUGUCCUACACAAUGUUUGUUCAAGGAAGGAUCGCUGUGAGAGAGCAGAGGAGCCUCAGCGAUUCACCACCAGAGUGGAGCAGUGCGUUCGACUGUCUGUCCAACCUGACACUGUGUCUGUCACCAUGUCAGAAGUACAGUUGGUACUUCAGACCCAGAAUGUCCCCAGUCUGUCUGCUGGAGUCAACUGCUCCUUUGAGGACUACAUCGAGACAGAAGGACGCAUCUAUGGUGGACGUAUCUUCUGCCUUUCCCCAUCAACAAAAGAUGUUGUUCCCAUCACACGUGACCAAGGUGACCAACGUGUUAUCAAGCUGUUCCUGAAGUCCAAGGAGACAGGGAAGAAGUUUGCCAGCGUGGACUUUGUCUUUUACAACUGCAGCGUCCAUCAUUCGUGCCUAUCAUGUGUUAAUGGGAAAUUCCCGUGUCACUGGUGUAAAUAUCGCCACGUGUGCACACAAGAUGCCAGCGACUGUUCUUUCCAGGAGGGACGAGUCAACACAUCAGAGGAGUGCCCUCAGAUCUUGCCCUCAACACAGAUCUACAUCCCCGCUGGAGUUAUGAGGCCAAUAACCCUACUGGCACAGAACCUACCCCAACCGCAGUCUGGGCAAAGGAACUACGAGUGUAUCUUCCACAUCCAGGGCAACACUUACAGUGUCCCAGCUCUGAGGUUCAACAGCACAAGCAUACAAUGUCAGAAAACCAUGUAUGACUAUGAAGGCAGUGACAUCAGCGACCUUCCAGUCGAUCUUUCUGUGGUGUGGAACGGAAAUUUUAUCAUCGACAACCCAUUUGACAUACAAGCUCACCUCUACAAGUGCAGGGCAUUGCGGGAUAGCUGCGGUAUGUGCCUGAAGGCUGACCCCAGGUUUGAGUGUGGUUGGUGUGUCCAGGACAAGAAGUGCUCCCUGAGGCAAGAGUGUACCAGUGGAGGAAACCCACACCUCCCUCUGCAGCUUGUCGAAACAGGAGGAUGGAUGCAUGCCACCUCUGGAAACAGCCGAUGCAUGCACCCCAAGAUCACCAAGCUGUUCCCUGAGACAGGGCCACGCCAAGGAGGAACCAGAGUGACCAUCCUGGGUGAGAACCUGGGCCUGCAGUUCAGAGAUAUACAGAUGGGUGUUAGGCUGGGGAAGGUGCCCUGUGUCCCUGUCGAGGAGGAGUAUGUGAGUGCAGAAAGAAUAGUUUGUCUGCUCAAUGAUGCGACUGGCUACAGAGUCCAAGAAGCUCAAGUGGAGGUGUGUGUGAGAGACUGCAUCAAUGACUACAGAGCCUUGUCGCCCAGGCCAUUCACCUUUGUGACACCAUACUUCACACGUAUCCAGCCAUCUCAAGGGCCCCUUUCUGGUGGCACUCUGGUGACCAUUGAGGGAAGCAACCUGAAUGCAGGCAGCUACGUGUCUAUCAGCAUUGGACCACAGCCCUGCUACUUCAAAAAGAGAAAUUCGUUUGAGAUAGUGUGUGUUACACCAGCUGGUUUGGCACCAGGCAGUGCAUCAGUCUUGGUGGACAUUGAUGAUGCUGAGCUCAGAAAUCCAGAGGUUAAAUUCAACUACACUGAUGACCCCACCGUCCUUAGAAUUGAGCCAGACUGGAGCAUUGCCAGUGGUGGGACUCUGUUGACAGUGAGUGGAACCAACCUUGCAACCAUCCGCGAGCCAAAGAUUAGAGCCAAGUAUGGCCAGGCAGAAUCUUUUCAUAACUGCACAGUGUAUAACAACUCAGUAAUGGUAUGCCUCGCGCCUUCAGUAGCGGAUUCAGAAUUGGGCUUUUCAGAGACAGGGACAGGUCCGGAUGAGAUUGGAUUCUACAUGGACAAUGUGAAUGCACUGGUGGUCGUCAAUGAGACAUUCAGUUACUACCCCGACCCCAUUUUUGAACCACUAAGUCCUUCUGGGAUACUGGAGCUCAAACCAACUUCGCCGCUAAUACUCAAGGGUCGGUACUUGAUCCCAGCGGCCCCAGGUAACAGCCGCCUGAACUACACGGUGCUGAUUGGAGAAACUCCCUGUGUCCUCACCCUGUCUGAGAGCCAGCUGCUGUGUGAAUGGCCCAACCUCACCGGACAGCACAAAGUCACGAUACGUGCUGGUGGUUUUGAGUACUCCCCUGGGACUCUACACAUCUACUCAGAUAGUCUGCUGACCCUUCCUGCCAUCAUUGGUAUUGGAGGAGGUGGUGGCCUCCUCCUGUUGGUCAUCAUUGCUGUGCUAAUUGCCUACAAGAGGAAGUCAAGGGAUGCUGACCGUACCCUAAAACGUUUGCAGCUGCAGAUGGACAACCUAGAAUCCAGAGUGGCUCUUGAGUGUAAAGAAGCCUUUGCAGAGCUUCAGACAGAUAUCCAUGAGUUGACCCAGGAGCUGGAUGGAGCCGGAAUUCCUUUCCUUGACUACCGUACUUAUGCCAUGAGAGUCCUGUUCCCUGGCAUUGAGGAUCACCCUGUGCUCAAGGAGAUGGAGGUUCAGGCAAAUGUUGAGAAGGCACUAACAUUGUUUGGUCAGCUGCUGACAAAAAAACACUUCUUACUGACCUUCAUAAGAACCCUGGAGUCACAGAGGUCAUUUUCCAUGCGGGAUCGUGGAAAUGUGGCAUCUCUGAUCAUGACAGCACUGCAGGGGGAAAUGGAAUAUGCUACUGGUGUUCUAAAACAGCUGCUGUCUGACCUCAUAGACAGAAACCUGGAGAGCAAAAAUCAUCCCAAACUGCUGCUCAGGAGAACGGAGUCUGUUGCUGAAAAGAUGCUGACCAAUUGGUUUACAUUCCUCUUGUAUAAGUUUCUCAAGGAGUGUGCAGGGGAGCCUCUUUUCAUGCUGUACUGUGCCAUAAAGCAGCAGAUGGAGAAGGGACCUAUCGAUGCCAUCACAGGAGAAGCUCGCUAUUCCCUCAGUGAAGACAAGCUCAUCAGACAGCAGAUUGACUACAAAACAUUGACUUUGCACUGUGUGAACCCAGAGAAUGAGAACGCCACUGAAGUGACAGUGAAGUGUUUGAACUGUGACACCAUCACUCAAGUCAAAGAAAAGCUGCUGGAUGCCGUGUACAAGGGAAGCCCCUAUUCACAACGGCACAAGGCUUCUGAUAUGGACCUGGAAUGGCGCCAAGGUCGUAUGGCCAGAAUCAUUCUGCAGGAUGAAGAUGUGACUACAAAGAUAGACAAUGAUUGGAAAAGGCUCAACACAUUGGCUCACUACCAGGUAACAGAUGGCUCUGUGAUUGCACUGGUGCCAAAGCAAAAUUCUGCCUACAAUAUCUCCAACUCUUCAACCUUCACCAAGAGCCUCAGCAGAUAUGAGAGUAUGCUGAGAACAGCCAGUAGUCCAGAUAGCCUGCGAUCUCGAACACCUAUGAUCACACCUGAUCUGGAGAGUGGAACCAAACUGUGGCAUCUCGUGAAGACCAUGACCAUUUCAGACCAGAGGGAAGGUGACAGAGGCAGCAAGAUGGUCUCUGAAAUCUAUUUGACAAGGCUGCUGGCCACAAAAGGUACGUUACAGAAGUUUGUGGAUGACCUGUUUGAGACCAUCUUCAGUACGGCCCAUCGAGGCAGUGCACUGCCGCUCGCCAUCAAGUAUAUGUUUGAUUUUCUCGAUGAGCAGGCAGACAAACAUUCCAUCACAGACUACGAUGUGCGACAUACCUGGAAGAGCAACUGUCUUCCUUUGCGGUUCUGGGUGAAUGUCAUCAAGAACCCCCAGUUUGUGUUUGACAUCCAUAAGAACAGCAUUACAGAUGCUUGUCUGUCUGUAGUGGCCCAGACCUUCAUGGAUUCCUGUUCAACAUCAGAAACACAACUAGGAAAAGACUCACCUUCAAAUAAGCUUCUCUACGCUAAAGACAUUCACUACAAGAACUGGGUAGAGAGGUAUUACUCUGAUAUAUCCCGUAUGCCAGCCAUCAGUGAUCAGGACAUGAGUGCCUACUUAGCAGAGCAGUCCCGCCUGCACCUGAGCCAGUUCAACAGCAUGUCUGCAUUGCACGAGAUCUACUCCUAUAUCAUCAAAUACAAAGAUGAGAUCCUGUCAGCGUUACAAAAGGACGAGCAGUCACGCAGACAGCGGCUACGUGGCAAACUAGAGCAGGUCAUUGACACCAUGUCCCUGACAAGCUGAGGACCGGCCAGUCACAUACCUCAGCCAGCGCCCAGCUGCCCAAUCAACAAACCGUCGUGGACACCUGCCCGUGACAUUUUCACCCUUUGACGUUUGAAAUUAAUCCCCUCACAAAAACAAUAACCGCAGAAAGACUGUGAGGACUCAAACACCCAGCAGCAGCACAACAGAUAGACAGUGUUUGCAACUACUGUCCUGGCUGAGUUAGAUUUUUAUCUUUUUUUGCUGCAACAACAACCCAGCCCUGAACAACCAAAUCAAGCCCACCUUCAGCCGACAGGGACCACAGCUCAGGAGGGCAUUUAUUUUCAUCAAUGACCUCAUCUCAUCACAUCUCAUCUCAUUUACAAUCCUAUGGAAAUUAGGUCCUUUGACUGAGUCAGAGCUACAAUCAAGACUGGUACACACAGUGGUGACCAAAAACUCUGCCAACUGGACACAAUUCACUACUGAUAACUGAAAUGCUACAAGAAGCUAAUACAGAGUAGCAUUUCACAGCUAAGGCUAAGCUAACACAAAUCCAGGAUAUUUUAUUGUGAUACUUGAUCCCUGUGUGGAGUCUCCACACGGAGGUCAGGGACACCCUCAGAGCUGGUAGAAAUUCAGUAUGUUGCUCAAAGACACUUCAGCAGAGUGGACACAGCAUUUGCAGGAUGAAGGCUUUACCUGCUAAACCACCCUGCUGCCUCCGUGGGGCACCUAGGAGGAAGGACUCUGCAGGGAAAACUCUCCUCCAGCGCUGGCACAAUCCCUUGCUGGGUUCACAUUCGAUCAGCCAGGAUUCCACUGUCAUCUAACAAAGAACUUUUUCAGUUUCUUGACUUUUCGUUUUAUUUGAUUUCUGACCACCCCACCUCCGAUAACUGCCUACUCUCCUCAGUGCUGUGCCACUUGUGUUACUGCUGAAUUUGCACAACAAAGCUAAAUCAAAAGAGAGCAGAGGAUAUAUGAAUAUAUAUAGAUAUAUAAAUACAAACUUUUGAAACAAAUGAAGUUGAAAAAAUGUUUUCUGUAUUAUUGUACAAAAAUACAUUUGAAAAGAGGAUUUGAUAUUUCGAAGGUGAUAAGUUAGAAAAACAAAAAGGAAACAUUGUUCUGUGCCAUUUUUUACUUUGAAUGUUGUUUAGUGCAAAGAGACUUGUUUUUGUUUGAUGAAAUGUGCUUUGAUCAAAAUCUUAUCAUGGUUAGUGACUGAAAAUGAGAAUAGAAAAUAGGUAAAUG